GGCCUCUGGUACGGCUUCGACUACAAGGCCAUGAUCUCCGUGGGCAACUCCGCCAUGGGCGGCCUCACGGUCGCCGCGGUCCUCAAGUUCGCGGACGCGGUCCUCAAGGGCUACGCGACGGCCAUCUCCGUGCUCCUCACGGGCGUCAUGUCCAUGCUCCUCUUCGGCACGUCCCUCAACGCCGAGUACGUCCUCGGCAUGGUCAACGUCCUCGCCGCCGUCAUCCUCUACAACGCCAAGAACCUC